UGUCUUUGAGCAUUUCUUUCCGAGAUUCCCGUAACAUUUGGUGCGUUGGCCGGGAAUCGGGAUAGAAGUGGCCCUUUUGGGCAUCGGCCCAAACUCCACCAGAGGGAGCAGCUCUCCGCCUCCUCGAGGGGAAAGGCAUGCCCCUGGGACAAAUUUCCUUGGCUCCCCAACAGGACACAGAGACUCGCUCGCUGGUGGCAGAUCGCCAGAACCGAGAUAGAAGACAACAGAACAGGACUGCUGCUGUUGUUGUCUCAUCUGUCUCUUUCCUUUUCUGGCUGUGAAGGUCGCCAAGAUCCAACCGUGGAUCCACCACUCCCGAGUGAAGAAAUCCCACACUGAGAUCAAUGCUGAAGGCCAGAAAAGACAACGCACUCGAAGCUCUCCAACCGUCACUCUGGAGGCUGAUGGGCAAUGCACAGCUGAAGAUUGAGGAUCGUCCUACAUGAAGCUGAGUGACUGUGCCCCUUUAUGGACUAUAUCCUUCCCUGCUUUAUUCAUUUUGAUAUUAAUUCUGUGUAUCUUCUUGAUAUUUUGUAUUGGCCUAGUAGCUGUUGCACCUAGCCAUUGGAGCAAAAAGGAAAAAUGCUGUCUUUUCUUAUGUUACAUAGGUGCACAAGGCAUCCUGAUCUUUUUAUCCUGUUUGAAGUAGGUCUUUUUAUAGGCACUGGAGUUUUGGCAGGGCACUGGGACCUUGAGCUGAGUGUUUAUAAACCAAGGUACAGGAAGUUUGAUGCACGAACUAAGCUCACCAAGGUUGUCAAGUGGGAGCCUGAGGGAUACCCCUUAGAUUUGUUUUUUGAUGCUUGUCCCAAAGAACACUAUGGUAUGCCUCAGACAAAAGAUUGUGGAGGCUAUGGACAGGAGAAGAGCCUCUGCCAAGCUGGAGGGCCUAUUUACUUCCUAGUGGAAAGUGAAUCAACAAGGCCUCCAAGCCAGAAGGCUAUAGCUCUUAUAAAUGCAAGUUGUCAUGACUGCCAGCAAGGCAAUUGUGUUCCAGUAAAAUAUCACCUGAGAGACCCAUGGGACCCUAAAUGGCUAAAAGGGUACUGGUUGCAGGUUAGGAUCAUCCCGAGCAGGACCUCAUACUGGAAAGGGCCGUACUGUACUAUGCUCAUAAAAAAGGGUUGGACUACAAUAAGUACCCCUUCAAGUGUUGAGGAUGGCCCAUCUCUGAAAUUACUAAAAAACUUUAGAACAAGCCAGACCAAUUACACAGGUAUUGAUAUGGUCCAAACAAUCAAUAGCACCCACCGGCUCCUAUUAGCAGCAGAUCCAAGGUUAGCCUCUGAUUGCUGGAUCUGUGCCCCCUUAAGCCAAAUCUCAUACCAGGCCCUUGGUAUCACAGUAAAUAACAUGAUGGCUAGAAACCCGACCUCAGGGGUCUCAACUCUGUUAAUUGAAGAACCUACAGAGGCCAUAGGUAACAGUACCUGCCUUCUUGGAAACAAACUACACCUAAAUGCUACCUGUAAGUGUGCAAGUAUCACUGUGUACAGAGGUAAUGUUUCUGCUCCUGAAGGGACUUUCUUUCUUUGUGGAGAUGGGGUUUAUAGAGUGUUCUCCUCCCAAAAUCCAUGGACUUUGUGCUUUAGGAAUUUUAAUUCCCAGGUUGUCAGUUUACACCCCAACUGACGUGACACAAGUGCCUCUGAGGAUUGGCACAAUCAGAGGUCUCAAUAGGAGGAGAAGGGACCCCAUUAUUUUGCCCAUAAUGGCAGGAUUAGCUAUUGCCGGAAGCCUUGCCCUAGGGGGAACAGCUCUUAGUCUAGGACAACAACAAUGUCUGUCUUUAGGAAAGGAAGUAAAAGAGUUUGGAGGAGCUAAGAACCUCUAUCCUCACACUCCAAGGGUAAAUUAACUCCCUGGCACAUGUGGUGCACAGAAUAGAAGGGCACUAGAUUUAUUAACUGCAAAGCAAGGGGGAAUUUGCUUAUAUCUAGGAGAGGAAUGCUGUUAUUAUACUAACAAGUCUGGAGUAGUUAAGGAAUCUAUGGAUAAGCUUAAAAGGAGGUUAGAUAAAAUGGGAGAGCAAUUUAACACUGAAAAUUCAGAUUCAUGGGGCAACUGGAUCUUAUCUAAAUGGAACCCAUGGUUAGGAAUCCUCACUGGACCACUACUCACUUUGCUAGCUUUAGCCAUGAUAGGCCCCUGUAUUGUUAAUUGGAUAACCAAGUUCAUCUCACAAAAAAUAAACUCUAUCCAGAGCUACCAGAUGUUGGUCUCUACAAGACAUAUAGAAUGUAGGGACAUCAGUGAUGCCAAUGAUGAAGAAUCACCAUGAACCAAAACAAAUGGGGGAAUGUUAAGGGAUACAUAAAAUGACUGCAGGCAAUAGCACCAUCCCUAGAUAAGGAAAUGUCUGCAGCAUUUCUUAACUGCAACCCCCAUCCCCACUUGAA